AAGGGGGUUGGAAAUUUGGCUUUGGAGGUAAGAGUAGAGAGUGGGGGAAGAGGAACUUCAUUCUCCCAGAGCUUAGCUUUCUCCAGUUCCUGGAGGGAACAGAAUCACCAAAAUCUAGUCCUGAUGGAUCCUAAUACAACAAACAUUCCCAGGACUCCCAAAAACUGCUGAAAUGCUUGCAAACACUCCCAGCGGAGGUGGUUCCUUUAGGUAUUAAUGGAAUCGUUAAGGGAAUCUGUUCUUCAUCUCACCUUUCAGAUGUCUACUUACAAACGGGCCACUCUGGAUGAAGAGGAGCUGUUGGACGCUGACUCCGACGGGAUCUACAACACCUCUAGCAUGCAGGUCGGACUUCAGCGCGGUCUGGGUCCCCGGUGCUGGGCGGUGAAGACUCACGUUGAGAGAAAGCUAGUGGUCAUAGUGUGUGUACUCUCUCUGGCUUUGUUCAUCUGCAUCAUGACUUUGGGUCUGCAUUAUAAAGAAUCUCAUCCGGGAAUGUGCCUAUCAGAGCCGUGUGUUAGUGUGGCAAGUGCGGUCAUGGCCUCUCUCGAUCGGUCAGUGGAUCCCUGCGAGGAUUUCUACAAGUUUGCAUGCGGAGGUUGGAUGAGGAAGAACCCGCUGCCGGACGGCAAGUCCCGCUGGGGUCCCUUUAGCAACCUGUGGGAGCACAACAUGGCAGUGAUGAAGGACUUACUAGAGAACACCAACACGAAGAACCUGAGCAAAGCGGAGCAAAAAGCCCAGUGGUUUUAUGAAGCCUGUAUGAACGAGACCAAAAUUGAAGCGCUCGGGGCAAAACCACUACAGGAUCUCAUCAACCAGACAGGAGGUUGGGGCUUGAACGGCCCAUGGGAUAAGGAUAACUUCCAAGAAGUUUUACGGACUGUGUCAGCCGUAUACCGCACUUCCCCUUUUUUCACUGUUUUUGUCAGUACAGACUCAAAAAGCUCCAAUAGCAACAUCAUCAAGGUGGAUCAGUCGGGGUUGGGACUUCCCUCUAGAGAAUACUAUCUUAAUAAGACAGCCAAUGAAAAGUAUUUAAAAGCAUACCUAGACUUCUUGGUGGAUCUGGGGGUCCUUUUGGGUGGCUCAGAGGCCACCUCUCAGAACAUAAUGCAGGAGAUCUUAGACUUUGAAACAGCGCUGGCGAACAUCACAGUGCCUCAAGAAGAGAGACGUGAAGAAAUGAAAAUUUACAACAAGAUGCAGGCCAAAGACUUAUCUACGCUGGCUCCUGUGGUAGAUUGGAUGCCUUUCCUUUCUGCAGUGUUUGCUCCUGUUGUCCUAAAUGAUUCUGAACCUGUGGUUGUGUACGCUAAAGAAUACCUCCAGAAAGUCUCAGAGCUCAUCAGUAACACCAACAAGAGCGUUUUGAAUAACUACAUGAUCAUGAAUGUGGUACGGAAAAUGGGGUCCAUCUUAGACCAGAGGUUCCAAGAUGCAGAGCAACGUUUCCUUGAAGUUAUGUAUGGCACAAAGAAGAGCUGUAUACCACGCUGGAAACUUUGCGUCAGCGAGACGGACAGCGCUCUGGGCUUUGCCCUUGGGGCUCUGUUCGUCAGAGCCACCUUUUCUGAGGACAGCAAAGCUUUCGUUGAAGAUAUGGUCUCAGAGAUCAAAUGGGCUUUUGAAGACAGUAUACAGACUGUUGGCUGGAUGGAUCCCGAGACAAAAAGAGCAGCCAAAGUGAAGGCAGAUGCAAUAUACAACAUGAUUGGAUAUCCAAAGUUCAUCAUGAACCCCAGAGAGCUGGAUAAGGUGUUUAAUGAUUUUGAUGUUGUUCCAGACCUCUACUUUCAAAACGUCAUGAAUAAUUACAACUUCUCCGCACGGGUCACAGCCGACCAGCUCAGAAAGGCUCCCAACAGAGAUCAAUGGAGUAUGACCCCACCCACGGUUAAUGCAUACUACAACCCUACCAAAAAUGAAAUGGUGUUUCCAGCUGGCAUACUCCAGGCUCCCUUUUAUAACCAUAAUUGGCCAAAAGCUAUGAAUUUCGGUGGUAUAGGUGUGGUUAUUGGGCAUGAACUCACGCACGCCUUCGAUGAUCAAGGACGAGAGUAUGACAAGGACGGGAAUUUGCAUAAAUGGUGGCAAAAUUCCUCAGUCGACGCGUUCAAUCUGCAGACACAGUGCAUGGUGGAACAGUACAGUAACUACACUAUAAAUAAAGAGCCGCUUAAUGGAAAACAGACUUUGGGAGAAAAUAUUGCAGACAAUGGAGGCCUGAGAGCAGCUUAUAAGGCCUAUGUAAACUGGAUCAAGAAGAAUGGCAAGGAAAGCACUCUGCCUGCACUUGGAAUGACCAACCAUCAGCUGUUUUUUGUGGGAUUUGCUCAGGUGUGGUGCUCAGUUCGGACCCCAGAAAGCUCUCACGAGGGCGUUAUUACAGAUCCGCACAGCCCAUCACGUUUUCGGGUCAUAGGCACCAUCUCCAACUCCCAUGAGUUCUCGGAGCACUUUGGCUGCAAGGCAGAUUCACCCAUGAACCCCAAACAAAAGUGUGAGCUGUGGUGACAGUAACUAGCUUAUUAAAAGCAAGACUGAGUCUUCGGUGGGCAUAUCAUCUCAGCACGGUGGUAAAGUGCCUACUUAUCGAUUAAAAUAUGCCAAACUUCCAUCUCAGGUUGCCUUGUCUAGACUGUCAAAAAGCUUGUGGACUGCAUAUUUUCCAGCAGCUAAAUAAGGGCUUUGUGCAAGUCUUUGAAAUUAAGUUUUAUCCUUAUACAAACUUUCAAAACACUGGAGAUAGUGGUUUAUGUACCAUGCCUUUUUAGCAAAUGCUUUUAUUUUUUAAUAGCAAAUAUUUAUUUUAUUUUUUCAGCUGUUAUGCCCAACAUGUUGGCAAUACUGUUAAAUAACUUUUAACAUUGACCCUUUAAGUCCUAUUUGUCAGCCACUGUGGGCUGUUGAAUUUACCUGUGUCAUAUCAACAUUUUUUAAGACUGAUGCAAAUGAUCAGAUUACACAUCAUAUGUCAUUUAAUAAUGUUGAAUGAAGAAUACAUUGUAUUAUGUACUAUUUUGUUAGAAUUAUAUUGCUGGACCACUAUAAAAAGAAGCCUACCUUUUGAACAGAUUCUGCAAAUAUUGUGCAAUAUAUACAGUCAUUUUGUAACAGAAGGCAAAUGGACAUUUGCAGCUUUGUGUGAUGUUUCUAUUGCUGUUUAAGUGUAUUUUCUCUAGUUUUCCUGUAGGUUUAUGGGGAUUUUUUUUUUUUUUUUUGCUGCUCUUGAUUUAAAUACAGACCGAAAUUGAUCCAUAUAUCUUCAAACUAA